AUGAUGUUUCAGUCUGGCGAUAACGUUCAUCAUGAACACAUGCUCUUAGGCUCGCUCCGUUAUCAGUAUUUUAAUUACGUAAAUUACGUUUUCGUUUUCAAUGUAUAUCAUAUUAUGAUUCGUUCCGGUAAAAGUCCACCUCGUACGAAGACGUCAUCAAAAAGAGUAUUAUCCAGUACUUCUCCAAAUUCUCCUCUUCACGAGGGGAAAAAGACCAAAACUUUCACCUCACCAAACCGUUUCGCUGUUCUCGCCUCAACUAACACUAACGAUGACACUGUGUUCGAUGCGGCUCCACCUUCCUGCGAAGUCACUGUACCUUCAUCAUUCCCUUCUGACCAGGCAGAGCCUGUGGCUCCACCUAUCUAUAUUAGGAACAUCAAUAACUUUUCCGCAUUCAAAGAUGUAUUAAUUAAGACCGUCGGCUCCAAGGGGUUUACAUGUAAGUCCACUCCUUCGUACCUUAUCGUCCGUCCCAACGGUCGCGUUAAUUUCAACUUAUUGUCAAAUUAUUUGAUGAAAACUAACGCCAGUUUCCAUACUUUUCGUCCUCAUUGUCAGCGUCCACUCAGGAUCGUUAUCAGAAACCUCCAUCAUUCCACUCUCAGUGCCGAUAUUUCGUCCGAGUUAUCGGAAGAAGGACACCUAGUGAGGAAUGUCCAUAAUGUAAAAAAAAACAACUGUCCUCUCCCAAUAUUUUUUGUCGAUAUCGAACCCAAUAUUAAUAAUAAACAUAUCUACAUACUUCAUUACUAAACACGAAAGUAGUGAUUGAAAAACCGAAUAAAAAGACAUACGGUCCGCCGCAAUGUUUCAAUUGUCAAGACUAUGGUCACACGCAAAACUAUUGCCAUCAUCAAUCGCGUUGCGUCAAAUGCGGCGAGGCUCAUGAGUCAGAUAGCUGCACCAAGGAUCACUUCAGUCCAGCUAAAUGCGUCCACUGCUCCGAAAAUCAUAUAGCCAGCUUCAAGGGGUGCCAGUUUUAUCAAACUAUUUUAAAUCGCCAUAAAAUCAAAUUUUCCAACUCCAAAAAAAAUAUCACACACACAAAAAACUUAUUCUCCAAGUCCCUCCCCAGUGAUCCCUCUCAAUCCAUCCCGUCAUAUGCUGCUGCUACUUUUGGUUUAAAACCGAACAUUAAUUCGCAAAACUCAAAUUUAAAUUUAGCUAUUUCAAAAUUCCUAUCUGAUUUAACAUCCUUAAUAAAUUCUUUUCUUUCCGCUUUAUUAAUAAUUAAUUAAUUAGGGCAUUUACUUUUAAUAUUACGUUGUUAUUAAACACACUAAUACUCCGUUCUGUUUACUUUUUAUCUGAUAUUAUAUUCAUAUUUAUUAUUAAAUUAUUAUGCUCAUUAUGUUUAAUUAUCAAUUCAGCUAUUGUAUCACGUUAUCUAUCAAUAUUUUAAUUGUCAAACUAUAAUAGUUUAUACUGGAAGUUCUUAAUUAAUAAAAAAAAAAAAAAAAAAAUUAUGUAUAAUAAAUCUGUACUAAUAAACUUUCUUUUGCGCAAGCCAUUAUUUGAAAUUAGAGCAAAUCUGAUAAUAUAAAAUAUGUUCAAGUACAAAAGUGUAUUAAUGAAAGAAAAAAAUAUCAAUAUGUACUUAAUCCAACUUACAUUUCAUUGAAUCAAAAAAACAGUAUUUUCACAGAACAUUAUAUUUUUUUUAUAUAUAUAUAUAUAUAUAUACAGUAGAGCCUCGAUAGUCCGGACCCCCGAUAAUCCGGUGAACGCGAUAAUCCUGACGGCAAAAUUCCAUUUGUUCGUAAAUAGAUUUUACGAGAAUUCCCGGAACCCAAUUAAUCUAUGCAUAAGAUAUUGUUAUCGACAAAUACAAUUUCGUCAUUUUUAUUACCUACUGUUUCUAGUAAAGACCAAUAUGUACAUAUGUAGGUAAUAAAUCGAUGCCCGAUGGUCAUUUCGUUUACUUCUUUCUUGUCGAGUGGUUAUUAUUCUUGUUUGUACAAUGGCUUUUAGUAAACACGUAACUUUGACUUUAGAUCAAAAAAUUGAAAUAAUUAAGCUAAUGGAAAAUGGCCAGAACUAUAGUA